UUAUAUAUUCACAAGGGAGUAGAGCGGUUUCCAUAGAGAGGGACCAUCACAGCCCGCCGAGGAGCAGGACCAGGGAAGGAGCCCAACCCUGAGCAGGCAGAGCUCGGGGCAUGUGCCUGGCGCAGACCUCCUGGCCCUAAAGCUGUGCCUGCCUCCCCGAGCGUUUCUGCUGAGGAGCAAAGUCCUCUCCCAGGGAGAGAUGCUGGUGCCCGUGCGCCUGCUGCUGCUGCUGCUCCUCGGAGGCCCCUGGACCGGCCUCCCCCACCGACCCCACAAAGCCAAGCCCAUCCUCAGCAGCCUCAACAGUGCCCUGUCUGAGGCCACGAAGAGUCACCUGGGGGGCAUAGACCUGCUGGUCAGGAGGAGCUCCCACUACCUGCCCCACCAGGACCCACCCUCGGGAGAGGAGGAGGAGGAAUACAAGGAGAAAAGGACUUUGUCUGUGUCUGGAGGCAGGGGCAGUGCUGGGAGCCCCGGGCACAAAUCCCUGACCCAGGCACAGCUGAGAGGGAGGCUACCCCCAGACAAGGUGAAGGGUGAGCAACGCACCAAGUUCACGCUGUCUCUCGACGUCCCUACCAACAUCAUGAACAUCCUCUUCAACAUUGCCAAGGCCAAGAACCUGAGGGCCAAGGCGGCCGCCAACGCCCACCUGAUGGCACAGAUUGGGCGAAAGAAGUAG